CGCCCCCUCUCCCUUAUAACGCAGAGCACGUGAAGUUAGAGCCAUUCAGUCUCCUCACUCAGCUGGAUUAGUAGGAGCAGGGUGUCAUGCUAUUUUUCCAAUUUUCCACAGUUCACGGGAGGUAAAAGAAGUCUGGCUGGAGGCCCUCCGGGGACAGAGCCAAGGCCACACAGGAGCAAAAUUCACCACUGAACCGUCAGCCCGAACUCCAAUGAAGUUGACAAGCAGCUGCCAUGCUUCAAAAACACUAAAUGCCUGUGAUAUGGAGACAUUAAUUGAAUGUCAAUCAGAGGGUAAUAUCAAGGAACAUCCUCUGUUGGCAUCAUGUGAGAGUGAAGAUAAUAUUUGCCAGCUAAUUGAAAUCAAGAAGAGAAAGAAGGUGUCUAACUGGCUCUUUCUCAUGAGAAGGCUUUCUUCUUCAUCAGAUGUUUCUGCAGCUUCGGAGCCAGAAUUGAAGACAUCCCUUUUCGAGCAGCCCUUGUCAGCCAUCUGCAGUGACAACACGCUCCCGGGACCCAUUCAGGAUAUUCUCACUAUUCUAUGCCUUAAAGGCCCUUCCACUGAAGGAAUAUUCAGGAAAGCAGCCAAUGAGAAAGCCCGCAAGGAGCUGAAGGAGGAGCUCAACUCCGGAAGCGUGGUGGACCUGAAAAGCCUCCCAGUGCACCUCCUGGCCGUGGUCCUCAAGGACUUCCUCAGAAGUAUUCCGCUGAAGCUCCUGUCCUGUGACCUGUUUGAGGAGUGGAUGGGCGCCCUGGCCAAGCAGAGCGAGGAGGACCGGAUCGAGGCGCUGAAACAGGUUGCAGACAAGCUCCCGCGGCCCAACCACCUGUUGCUCAAGCACCUGGUGUCCGUGCUCCACGUGAUCAGCAAGAACUCUGAGGUCAACCGGAUGGACGCCAGCAAUCUCGCCAUCUGCAUCGGGCCCAACAUGCUGAGCCCGGAAAACGAGCACAACCUAUCGCUGGAAGCCCGGAGAGACCUGAACGAUAAGGUUAAGACACUGGUGGAAUUCCUCAUCGAUAACUGCUUUGAAAUAUUUGGGGAAGACUUUCCAGCACAUUCCAGAAUUGCUUCUGAUGAGUCCCUGGAACACACAGACAGUUCAGACAUGUCGACCCUGCAGAACGACUCGGCCUACGACAGCAACGACCCUGACCACGACGUGGAGCCUGCGGGCUCCCCAAGCUCGCAGCCCCCAGAGCUCCCAGAGCUGGCUGCUGGCCGCUCAGAGCCCAGAGCCCCGCUGCGCCCUUGGGAGCCCGUGGUCAGCACCACGGCCAGACUGAAGGGCUUCCUCGGGCAAGCGGACAGGAGGUACUCGGAUCCCAGCGCCGCAUCCUCCCCGGAGUGCCUCGACGUCAGAAGAGCAAACCCGAAACUCACGCGAAGCGAGGACGACUUCACCGCGGUGGCCCAGGCCGCCUCCCGCUUUGCCGGCGAGGAAGCCGAGGACCCGUUUCCCGAGGAGGUGUUUCCUGCAGCCGAAGGCCGGGCGCAGAGGCCCCGGGACCUGGGGGAGCGGAGCCCGACUCAGGACUCGGCGUCACCGUGCGCGCAGGUCGCCAAAGCCGCCUCCAGUGGCUCCCUGGACGCUUUCUCCGACAGCUCGCCCCUGGCCUCUCCUUCCAGCCCCAAAAGAAACUUCUUCACCCGACACCAGUCUUUCACCAAGGCUGAGAAAAGCAAGCCCAACCGAGAAAUUAAAAAGCACUCCAUGUCAUUCUCCUUCGCCUCCCACCAAAGAGUGCUGACCAAGACGCGCAGCUUUGGAGCCGCGAAGCCCAAGGGCUGCCCCCGAGACCCAGAGAAGCGAGGUUCCAAGAAAGAAAGCCAGCUUGCCGGCCGGAUCGUCCAGGAAAGCUCGUCGGACGCCCCCGGCCGAGCCGCUCUGGGCUUUAACUCGGGGGCCUACACCCUCUCAGUGGAGGAUGUGUUCCAGCUGGUGGAUCAGAGGCACCCCGGCCGCCCCCCGUCUUACGAGGAGGCCGUGCGGCUCCAGGCGCUGGAGCUCGCCCCGCGCGGGGGCCAGACGGUGGGCAGCCUGCGGGCCCGCGUGCUGAGCCUGGACGCGGGGCUGCUGCCUCCGCUCCCCACCCGCCCCCGUGGGGACUCGACAAACAGCCACGGGCCGGAGCCCCUGGACGGGCUCCGACGGGGGCCAGGGACCGAGCCCUGGAGGCAGAGCUGGAUCGACUGCGCCCCUGGGGCCGCGGCAGGACAAGUGAUGGUCCCCCGGACACCCGAGCUGCAGAGGCUGAGAAGCGCCUCCGAGUCGCAGCAGAAGGGCAGGCAGGCCCUGCUGGCCCGGCGGUGUAGCCAGCCCGUGUUUGACGCCGAGCAGCUCCGAUUUGCCAAGGAAUCCUACAUCUAGCGCUCCAGGCCCUUCCGUACACAAUGAGAACUGUCUUUAGACUCUUGUUUUCCAAAAAGUCGUGAAUAAGCUCCUCUGGCAAGUUGUGUUUGAGACCUCCUCCAAGAGGACAGCCACACAACUUCACACCGGCACUCCGUGCGCCUGAUUUGUACAACACGUAGCACAUGUAUAAAACGCAUCCCAGACAAGGCAUUGGGUACAUGUACGCAGAUAUGUGUGUAUAUAUUUGUUUCUGAACUUGUGCCAAACUGCAUUGCUGUUCUUUGCCUCCUGAAGUUUUUUUGUUUUGUUUUGUUUUGUUUUAGUGGUUAGUGUCUAAACAUAAUGUUUUCUUUUCUUGGCAUUGCUUCAAAGGGCAUGCCAAGUUUCAUAUUUUCCACAAACUCCAUUUAGGAGAAAAUGUCUAAGUCUCUGUUAGGAGUUUCCUCUAAUAAGCCGCUUUGUGAUAACUAAUCACCUCAGUAGGAUGAAAGGAACAGACUGUAAGGAAUAGAGUUCAGUGUUUGGAGUUAUCAAAGGGCAUUAUAAACUCCAGCAAAAAAAAAAAAAAAAGGUUGUUAACAA